AUGGCCAAGUCCAAGAACCACACUAUGCACAACCAGUCCCCAAAAUGUCCCCAAAAUGGCAUUAAGAAACCCCAAUCACAAAGAUACAAAUCUCUGAAGGGGGUAGACCCCAAGUUGCUGAGGAACAUGCACUUUGCCAAGAAGCACAAGAAGGACCUGAAGAAGAUGCAGGCCAACAGCACCAAGGCCAUGAGUGCAUAUGCUGAGGCUAUCAUGGCCCUAGUCAAGACCAAGGAGCUCAAGCCCAAGAUCCCAAAGGCAGCAGCUUUGGGGGGGGGCAGCCACAAGCUCAGUCAACUUGCUUACACUGCUAACCCCAAGCUCACAAAGAGUACUCAUGCCUGCAUGGCCAAGGGUUUCUGUCUCUGUCCACCAAAGGCCAAGGCCAAGGCCCAAACCAAGCUCUAG